AUGGAACAAAGUGCCGGCGUGCGCCGUUUCUUCUCUAACCUCUCUUUCAUCUGUACUACUGUUGCGUUGCUCCUUCUUGCGUCCGCCGGUCUCCCGAUCUCAGCGUCCGCUGAAGCAGCGAACGAGAAUGCAGCGGCGGGUGUGUGGACACAGCCGUCUGUCUCACGGGAGUUGGGGCCAGUGCUGGAUGUCAUGAGAACUGCCUUGCUCCGGUCCGCGAAUUCGAGUUCUGCAACUUCCUUAGACAAAAUACAGAGUGACCAGAUGGCAGAUACCGAUGUCGGCGUCACUUUAGAUUCGCUGCGAGAACUGACAGAUUCACAGGAACGCGUAGCCGCUGCGGACACUGCGGCAAUUCUCUCUUCAGAACUGGAUCAAUUUCCAGCCGCACAUGUUGUUGCUCUGUCCCCCCGUUAUCGUCUUCUCUCCUCGUUUACCACGAAUGCCUCUGUCGCUUCCUCCUCGGGGGAGAGUGGCCGACUCUUUUCUACAACACGGAAAGAGGGAACAACUCCGCGAGCGUUGCGCCCUAAAGCUGAGAAAAGCGCGACCGUUAACCAGGGAGAAGGGCAACCGACAGAGUUUGCGAUAGACGCUACAGACGACGGGCACAAAUUGGCUCCUCGGCGCGGGACGGGAAGCGAAGCGAGAGCAGGCGGCGCCCAAGGGUCAGAGCAGAGAGCUGACGCAAGUUGGGAGUUGGGAGCGCCUCCAUCUAGUCUGAACGUUGAGUCAGUGUUAGCUACUCCACCCGCUGCCGCCGGCGUGUCACAUAUGCAUUCAAUGCCAGGAAAGGGACAUCCCGGUGUCGCUUCGCUUUCAGGUCGAGCCAUUGAGGAGCAGGAUGUGUUUCGGUUUAGUGCAGAAAACGAGGCUGUUGACAAACCAAGACACUUGAGAGACGACGACGUAUACGCCGCAUUCAAUGAGACAGGAGAACACCAUCGCAGCGCAGAACCAAGUGACGCCUCUUCAGGACUUUCCCGUCCCUCUGGCACACCGAAUCCACCAAAUAUAAUCCUUUCAGGAGACGCUUCCAGCACUUCUGGAAAUUCCCACUCUCCCGCUGAAGCAUCAACAGGACGGCGAAGGCAUGCCGGUGGGGGAUUUCCUACUUCUGACGACGAGAUACGCGAGUGGCUCAUUACAGGCGCUCCUUUUGUUCCCCAAGUUCCCGCCGCCUCCAUAAAUGGUCCGAGACUCCCCAUUACCUGGUCCGAGGGAGAAGGCACAGAAAUGUGGCCGGAGUCGCCAGAUGAGGAAAGCAGCUCCAAGACGCCUGGGGAAAUGGAGGACCUUGGCGAAGUCGACCAAGACAGCAGUGCAGGCGACGGGGGCGGAGAUGGAGACUGGGACGGAGUGGAUGAAGAGGCAUGGCCAGAAGGAAGCGGUCACGAGGAUCAGCCCACCAGUGGUCCAGCGUCAAGCUUCCAGGCGUUAAUGAAGCGACGCUAUCGCCCAUAUUGCCAACGGCUCGCAGCUGAUCCUCGAUGGCAAAGACAGUUCGGUAUCCUUGUUUUGUCUGCGGUCGACUGGCCUCUGUACACACACAAGAAACACUGGAAACAACCGGCGAUUCGAACGUUCUUUGAUGCGCUCGAGCAACUGACCGAUGACAAGGGUGACGAUCGCCUUACCGGCGCCAACGUGCGAUACGCAACUCAAAUUCGCCAGUGUGGAUUUGAUGCUAUCCUUCGACAGCAACUUGAGGCUUUGCGCAAGACCGUGAAUAGCAUGGAGGAAUUCGCUUCCUUAGUCCGUGCUCAGAGGACCGUCGACGUCAAACUAAAGGAUAUGCUCUCAUACCUCCCCGAAUAUAAACUGGCUCUCGUGUUAACACGAGCCACACUUGGCAACCUGUACCAAGCUGUUUCGCAGCUGCAAAUUCUGUACUACUACCAGGCCGAUUUCAAGAAAGAGGACGCGACGAAUGUUUGGCAUUCGAUGUUUCGGUCAGAGCGUCGUGUUCACUGGAGCCUUCUCCAGUUGCUAGGGGUGGCGAAUCAGGUGGUCACGCCGAAGCCGAUGCACGGCAUCAUCAUUCUGCAGGUAGAUAAAGUGGAGUCUCGCGAAAAAGCCGUUCUCGAACUGUUCGAUUUUGUCGAGAACGAAGCCACCCAGCAGGCGCUUCUCAAAUUCGAAUCAACCGUGGCGUCAUCUAUCACAAUGCGAAUCCGGAAAGUCGCCAGAGAUUUUCGGCGUGUUCUCUCUUUUGGCUGGCUGUCUGCAAAUGCUGAUGCAUUUCUGAGUCUUCCAGACUGCAUCGUCACAGCAUUCUAUCUGAAGCCUGGCGGGGCCAACGAGACCACUUCUGUUCCUCCGACGCGUGUCCGACCCGCAGGCAGCUCAAAUAGGAGAACGCGCCAAGGCAACUCUGAAGACAAAGGCGAGAUUGCAGAUUCGUCUGCGGCUGGCGCCACUGCGGAUACUCAGAGUGUGUCUGUACCCGUUGAUAUGCCUGAGACGGAAGUGGCAUCAUCUCAGCGAGGGAGAGCUUUGUCUGCGGUGAACACUACACCGAGUGGAGAGGAUGCAUCCUCUGUGACCUCGUUUCCAGCCGUCACUGUGGAUCCGCGUGCGGCGUUUGCGGUUGACUCGUCGUCGGCGGACAAAGGGUCGUCUCCGUCAAACUCUAGCGGGUCGAAGAGGACACCGAUCGAAAUUGGACAAUUUGGAUUCGAAAUGGAGGCGACAAUAGCUCAAAAGCUCAAAGAGAAGCUUCCUCCGGGAAGCAUGUACAUCCAACUGAGUCUGGCGGACGCGUGGGACUUUCAGCCCGAGUCCAGACUCAGUGGGCAAACGAAUGUCAUUCCGUCUUACAGCGCGACCCAAAUUCUCAAAGCGAACCUUGGGUGGGAUCCGUCUCUUGUCGGUGUCGGCAUGGCACGAGUCGUGUACUCAACCAUCACGGAUCCGUACAGUUCGUCGCUGGCUGACAAGGGGAAGCACGACGAGUACGACAAUGACCGAAACCUGAUUAUACGGGUGCCGAACGCUCUCUUUCGGGGGGAAGAAAACUUCUUGGAUGAGGUCAUGUCCAUGAUUGUCGUGCCCAGCGUACAGGACUCAGCCUCAAGAACUGUUGCGCCUGACCGACUUAAGGUUAUGGGGGCAGCCAGGAGGCUCACUGUGGGUGACGUGCUCAAGACGGGCAUGUUCGGCGUAGGCAUUCCGUACUCGCAACACAGAGUUAUUGAAAGCAUGGUCGACCCAGACUCGGUCUGCGUGCACCUCCUGGUCAAGGGACUCAGGGAACGAACUCGGGAAAACAGUCUCGAGCUACCUGGCGUAGCCAUUUUUGACCGUUUUGCCAGACGAAGCAGAGGGCGGUACAUGCUGGUUUUCGUCGACGUUGUCCCGAAGAAGACGGCAGCGCCAAUUCACACGCAGAAUCAGGCCGUUCGGCAGGGCGGGUACCCGUCAUGGGUGCUGCUGUUGUCAAACAUCUGUGUGGCACUGUUCUUCAUUUUUGUGAUCGUGUGUCUGCUUCUGAACCAUUACGUGAAGCUGCCAUGGUGGGUGGCGUGUAUCUGUGGUAGUCACAACCCAUUCAUUCGCGAACCGGAGUAUAUGCCGAGUAGGACUCAGUUAGGUUCGCUAUCGUCGAGUGUCUCGACGCUCGCGCCAGGUGCGAGUGUGCGUGUCUCGUCCACCGGAAACUUGUCAAAGGGAGGCUACUUUUCGGAUGACGUGAGAAAAGGAUCGUCUGCAGCGAGGGCAGAAAGACACGCAGCUCGCAGGUCGUCGAGGGAACGUGCGUCGGUACAGACGAGAAGUGACUCGGGUGUGCAUCCGGGUGGCGCUACAGGAGUGCGACGUCCGGUCGACGACAGGUUUGUCAAGGGAGGGAGUCCCGUUGUGCUGGAGCCGAUUCAGCCUGCAGGCGACAAUUUCUGUGGAGACCAGAAGCAUCUGUUUGAAUCUUAUAAAUCAGGCGACACACCGUUGUCGGUGGAGCCGCCACGCGUUUCCACUGUAUCGCCCACGACGUCAGUGAGCGGAGACAGAGGUGAGAGGAAGCAAAACUCCGUGCUCGAGACUCCCGAUGUUUCUCAGACGCGUGGGGCCUCGCAUACCGGUGAAGGCAGGUCUCAUAGUGAUGAGAAAUUUCGUCGUGACAGUACGAGAAAUCUGCGACAGACGGCUCCCAAUUUAGCCGUGAGUGAUAGCGAAUACAUGGCAUGUGUCGCAAGUGCUAACAGAGACAGUAGAGCGUCCUGGGGACGUGGGUCGGGCUCUGGAUACGCAGGAGAUAGACACCUUUCGUCGCGGGCAUCCCAAAGUGGCCUCGAACAGUUGAAAGCCCUCGAAAUCGCCAGGGCGUAUCGGGAAAACCGGAAUGACCUGGCCAAGUCGAUGGAACGUCGUAGGGCUUCCAGAAGGUCUGCAGAUGCAUCGGGCACCCAGGGGAGCGCCAUGCCCCAUGACUAGAGGGACAGGAGGGGUACAGUGCGUUUCUAAGUUUCCGGGCACGAGACGAAAGUGAGAAGAAGCAACCGAACUCAAUGGGGGAUAGCUUAAGAGAUCUGUCACUGUUCCGCUAUUGAGUAUCAAAGGGUGGGAGCGAAGGGCCAAUGUGUCGACUGAUCGGUGUAGGCGGAAGCCUAGAGGGGUGACUAGAAACGAGCACUACAUGCAAACCAUAGACUCACGCGGGAAUCAGUGCGUCCUGUGACAGGCGCAAAACUCGAAUGUGGAGUCAGUGACACAGGCACUGGCAGCGCAUCAACAGGAGAUCUCUAGAGUAACGCGUCGAUAUGUCACAGGCACGUGGAGUAUCAAAUGCACUCCCGGGAAGUACGGGAAAACAGGGCAACCCCAGAGGGCCGUGGAGACGUAUGGAUUGACAUAUCGCGUUCCUCCAUUGCCGACGAUAUGUGCUCUACGAAAAAAAGACCAGAGGUCGCAUGGUAUCUGAACAGAAAGCAGAUCGUCUCAUUUUCCUGCUGUACACUUUCUGCUGCGUGUCCUUGGCCAUCCCAUUCAUUCGACACUGGUCGGCCCUCAGUAAACACAACUCUGGCUGGCGUCUUGGGGGCGGGGGGGACUGUUUUGCGGUUUCGUACAUCUCUUCUGCCGAAACAGGCAACGGAUGCAUAGUGAAGAAUGAGGGCAAGUUCUUAUUCGCUUAAUGGCGGCGAUGGCAGCUAACGGUAAUACUAUCAAGCCUCUUCUUCCAAAUAGAUUUCAGGGAAAACCUAAAAAUACAGGCAGCCAGUACGUAAAGUUAGGUUGUCGCUCCGUACCCUCAUUUGGCAGGUCGUUCGACGCUACAUAUCUAUUUUCCUGUACGUCCCACGUGUGUAGUCGGCUGCUGCCCGGUAUUGAUCUGGCGACUGCGAGUUUAUCCUGUGUUUCUCCUUUUGUUUUAGCCAGCAUUUGUGAAGCACACUCCGCAGUCACUUUUUUUUUCUUCAAGGGGUCAUCGUUUGUGUGUAUCUCUUUUGUCAUCCCCAGCUUCCUUUACUUUGGUCGUUGCUGAGACGGGCUGUUCUUUUACAGCCUCAUCUCUCUUCACACCGUUUGUUCACUUUUUUUGCAUGUGAAUGGGAUCGUCAAGUAGGCCAGAUUUAGGUUAAUGUAUUUCGUCCAUUGAUGUCCCGAACACGCGCAUUUCGCUUGCAUUGUCGUUUGUGCGCCGGACAGUUCGUUCUUCGUUGUCGACUAUUUCAUUUGUCUUUACGCUGAGUGAUUUUGGCAAUUUCACCGCAAGCAGUGCACGUCGUUGUACGUCUCCGUUCAGCACAUACAGGCAGAAUCUGAGAAUGAAGAAGCUGUACACGAGUACAUGUGUUCACCCUUUCUAAUCAUUACCGCAGCACGCCUCUAUACUGGAAGAGUGGGUUAUCUAUCUUAGUGACAUCGGGCUUUUUUAUUGCGUACGCUGGGGAAUGUCGAGACAGGAUGGCCUUCGGGGUGGGGGGUGGCAGACCACAGGAGAAGGGGAAAGCGAGAAAGAGGAAACCCUGUGUUCCUCGUCUACUAGCCGCAACAGGGAUUUUGUCGCGGCAGGUGGCGGGCGAGGAUGUGUGUCUGGGAAAUUGCAUGUCUUAUGGCUAAAGAAAGGAUGAAGUGAAGCGCACGUGCAUAUGCGGCCCCAUGUGUAUAGGACCACUGGACACUUUCGAGUCGUUGUGAAAUUUUCAUCCAUGUAGGCAUUGAGUUAAUAGCUUGACGUGUCGCCUCAGAAUUCUGUUGCCGUAUGGCGUUGCCAGCGUAGAGGAGCGCGCUUGUGUAACGUUCAAGUCAGUCUUCUGUCCAGCUUUUCUUGCUGUCACGUUGUUGAGGCGACCCAAACGGGCAAAAAGGCCUUUGGAAUCAUUCUGUCGGCUCUGUGACUUUUCCAAAUUAGUUCGGGGAUUUGUGACAUUCCUAGUGUGUAUGUUGAAUGCGUAGUAUGGGGAUUUCCUCAAUUGUUUAUUUUGAGAGAUAUAAAAAGGUGAAGAACCUUUUCCCCUACUCAAUUGAAUCAACCAAUC